CAAAAAAAUAAAUUUAUAAGAUUUUGCGACGUAGGACUUGGGCUUACCCACUAACACCCAUUCAUGUUUGUUGUAGUGUUCUAGCUUUAGAAAUAUAUAUCUAUAAAUGAAAUUCAUGCCAAAUUUCAUCUUUUAUAAUUAAAUCCACACGUGGCUACGGAAAAAAAAUAAAAAAAAUAAAGCCAAAAUAAAAUAAAACCAACCGUAAGAUUUUUUAAAAAAAAUUCAAACGCAUGUAAAGAUGGCCCGAUUCACACGCGCGUGCUUUGCUGAGUACCUGUCUGUGAAAUUAGGAAGGGAGGGGAGAGUGGUAGGGCGCGAUGGGGGAGCCUUACUCCUAUUUAUAUCUCUGUAUAUACAUAGCUUAUGAGUGUGUGGGAGAAGGCAGAGUAAAUAGUUAGAUAGACCUGGUCUCGUCAGCUACGGAAUCGGGCUUACCCGUUGGAGAAGGCAGUUCGUUACAGCGCGUUGAAACAUGGUUCUGGCCUAAACAGUCUUAAAAUUUCAAAUUUGUUUGUGAAUGUGAUAGGAGAAUUAGGCAAGAAUGAGUGAGCAUUAGGCAAGGAAGAAUGAGCAUAUUUUAGAAGCUAAUUUUCCUACAGAAUGAGGCCGGUGAUAUAAAGGUGAAAGGUCACAAAUCAAGGGAGAUAACUUUUAUAUGUAUUUGUGUUUCGAGGGCAUCCACCUGACAAAGAGGCUUAAUCAAGAGCAGAGACUCAGGUGAUGAUUGCAGAUAUGACGACAGCGAAGAUACGCCAAGUUCGUUUUGUUUAACACUCGAUGACGUCAUCAUGGAGGUUAGGUAGCGCCUCCUCGCUCUUCUUUUUUUUUUUUCAUUUUAUGGACCAAUAAUGUUUUGGCUAUUAAUAAACAUCACUAUGUGUAAGCAUGAUAGCCAUUGGAAUCGACUUAGAAUGUUCAGGAAUCGUAGUUAAUUUUUGCAAUUAUUGAUAUCGGUCUUCGCUGUUGUUAGAAGCUAGUCAUCAUCUCAAAUCUGCUAGAGCGUAACCAUGGCGACUGGGACGCGCUUGAUGCAAGAGAUCAGCGAUCAGUUUCUAAACUGCAAGAUCUGCUUCGAGAACUUCCGGGAGCCCAAGACGCUGUCGUGUCUCCACACCUUCUGCUGUGGGUGCCUGCAGCAGCAGUAUGACCAGGAGUGCGUUAGCCGGACUUCAAGGUACUCCAUCUACAACAGACAGGUCACGUGUCCCUUGUGUCGUAAGAAGACGGACUUGCCCACUGGGGGCGUUAGGAGGCUACCGGACAACUUCUUGGUCUCCAACCUGACAGAGGUAGUGGCCAAAAGGACUGUGUCCAAAGUCCCACCCUGCGAGAUCUGCUUCAGUGUCCGAGGCAAGAGCGUGGAUGCCUGCAGCAAAUGUCUGGACUGCACGAAGCUUUUGUGCAAGGGCUGCGUCGACCUUCACCUCGCUACCAAGGUCACACAGCAGCACAGUCUCAUCGACCUGGAAGGAGAGAAAGACAUCCAGUGCAAGAUUCACCUAGACGAACAUGUCCGCUUCUACUGCGGUCCCUGCGACGCAUGCAUCUGUGUCGUCUGCGCCUUUCAGGAGCACAAAGACCACGACGUCUGCUCUUUCAGCGAUGGAUCCGCCAAGUACAAGAGCGCUCUGGAAGCCCUGUUGACCAAAUGUAAAGACAGGCUCGGACAAGUCAACACCAGGCUGAACAUCAUCGAUAAGUUUGAGUUCACGAUCAAGGAUGUAAAAGAUACUAUCAGAGACCUUGCAAUAAGUUACAUAGCUCAGGUUCGAACCAAAGAGAAGGAGCUGAUGAAACACAUUGACGACUUAUACGGCGGGGAGAUCAAAACCUUUGUAGAGCAAAAGUCUGUCCUGCAGGAGAACCUGGAUGAACUCCAGAGCACCUGCAACCUGACGGAUAUUAUGCUGAAAGACAAAGGCGUGGAGCUUCUCCUGAUUAAGAAAGAGAUAGAGACUAAGAUGACACAGCUUUUGGAGCCGGAGCUCCCAGUCAUUCCAUCAGACCCGAGGUACGACGUUAAGUUCGUACCGGGAGAUGUGGCCCUGGGUCGCUUGUCCUACGGGCUUGGGCUUGACUUGGAAGAGGUAGAGAAGGAGAAAUGCCUGAUGAUGAAAGGAAAGAUGGGUGUUGAUGGUGUGGUGAUGAACGGUGUCGUAAACGAUUACCGUCAUGUUCCGGAUGUCAUCACCAACUGCACGCAAACCGAGAAGUGCAGAACUAAGGAGGAGGCGACCUCUAUGCUCUCAGACAUGAAGAACGCUUUCCGCAGUUCUGUUUCGCAGACAGAAAAGCAAGGGCUGAUAACUCGAGACACAUGCACAAUUCAGGUGGAGACACGAGAACGUGGUGUUUCCGCGCUUGUUAAUGACGUGAAAGCCAAGGGAACUAUGACAGAGCGAUCUGAUGUCAGAUCUCUUAAAUGUCAGACAGACCGUUCAUCAUAUGACAUCGCUGAGGCCAUUGAAAGGUCGGUUGGUUCAAACAAAGGUUCUUUGACGACAGCGGGAGAUAAAUCAAUCUCGUUGCAAUACAAUGGUAAUUCCUUCUCCGGGGACCAAGAAAGUUGCAAGAAUGCAAGCCCUGUUUACUAUUCAAACGGUAGACCAGAAUGUACACCAGUACCGGACCUCCUCUACAGCAGUGAAGGUAUGACGUCACUGUCUUGCACACCCGCUCGCAGAAUCCGAAGCAUUAAAAUACAGACCAACAUUUCAGCUCUUGACAUCGCUGGCGAGGCUAGCGAGAAACAAUUCAUUCAGGAGGUUCUUCUGGCGGAGCCCAAAGACGAGCGAUUGAAACUGGAUGCCACUGUCACAUCCAACCUUACCAGAGCAAGGGAGCGGCGCAGGCGUUUAGAGGGAAUCGAGUCUGCUCUGGGAGAUAGACAGCUAGAGAAGAAUUCACAAGCUUGUCCCAUCUGCAUGGGUAAACCGCAAGCCUCGAGCGUGUCACCGGCUGUGUCACGUCGACCUUCCGUCGACUGCAGCACCGCCACAGAAAAGAAAACACAGAACGAGAAGUCCACGUGGACUAACUUUGUUAGCUUCACGGACAAAGACACCAACACGCCGCAGGUAACGCAAGAGACCAAAGUCACCUGGACUGAAAGGAUGGCGACAUCAGACAGAGCCACCUGCACGGUAGGCGUAAAGUGUCAGGACAGGGCGACCGGAACAGUUGCCGCCAAGGCUGUUGACUUUGGAUCACAGGUCAGUCCCCCUGCAAACGUUGUAGCGACCAACACUCCGGUGAUAUACUCCAGCGAACAAGAGUGUCAGACGGCUGUGGAGACAACUGAACAAGGAACAGUGCCUGACCCAGACAUAGAGAGGGCCUCAGGUAAAAGUAGGCCCUUGUCGGUAGCUCUUGAUAGUUCCGUCGAUUUUAUGACACCUCCGCAAUCACCUGUGAAAUCUCUGGUUAAAAUGUGCGAUAAAGCUUCUGACCCUAUCCGAACGCAAUGUUUGUCUAGGGCCACGGAGACUAUCAAAGUUAAAUUGGUGACAUCAGCUACGGAGACCGUUCUGGCCAAGACAUUAGACAAGGAAACCGCAACGCUUGUCCCAAAGACCAUCGAGCAGUGGACGGAGACGGUCUCACCCACAAUGAUCAGUACAGGAGUUACCCCUCCAGUACCUGCUACCAUAGACGUGGGUGUAGCCACCAACGUGAUGCUGACCAAUGAGCAGGCUACUUGCACGGAGGUCAAGGCGUAUCGCGAGUCGCACACCGAAACUGUUUUGGUAGUCUGCGACAAUGAGACCCUGACGGACACUAAGACAUUCUCGGACGCACAGACCGCAGUGGAAAUACUGACGGAGAACCAGGAAUGUGAGACCAACAAGCUGGACAAUGCGGACGAAUGUUCAAUGACCGAUACGUGCACGACCUGGGAGGAUCCCAGGCUCGACAAAGACUCGCAGAGCCCGCAGAGCGAAGCCCCUUCACAACGCAGCUCAGUGACCAACUCAAGGCGACUUAGGAGGAGGGCGAGAGAAGUCCAAACAGCCCCCGUGAGGUGCUCUUUUUGUUCACGGGCAACGCCUAGCGGUGACGAGUUUGUGGUCGAAGGUGCCCCAAACAGCGUGGAUGUUGUCAACAAGUCCAACAAAGUAUUAGCAUACACUCAAGAUGUCGGUACGAUGGCUAUUUCCUGCAUCACGUGCUAUCACGAUUUCCAUGAGGCAGGCAUUCAGACAUCUCAACCACAGCUUUAUGACAAGGCCUCGGCAGCAACUUUUGAAAUCGAUCAGGAUUUUUUAGAGCGUGCACUCAGCAGACAAUUCCAGGAUGCGGCUACGUCCACGGAUUCUUUGCCGCAUUUCGGACUGCUGAGUGAGUGUGACGUGGACGACCUGAUCGUGGUGCCGGAGGCGACAUUCGAGCUCGUGCUGGACCAAUGUGACCUCAUCAUGGUGGACGACGAGACCAGCACAGACUUUCUGCAGUACGCUGAGACCGGAACCCAGACCUUAGUAGCUAAUGACGAUCUGAUCAGCGCUAAAGAAUGCCUUGUGACUUCCAUGACGUCCAGCAUGGCGGACAGCACUGGCAGUAAGGGAAUCGGAGAGGUCAUCCGGUCAUUGGUGUUGAAAGAAGGCCUGAUACCCGAAGCUUGUCCAGACGCAGGCGCCAACACGCGCCAGUUAGUCUCAACAGGUGUUAACACUGUGCCCAAAGUCACAUCAGAGAAAGAAACGUGCACUUCUAUAAGAAAUCUUUUAACCAAAGGGACAAUGACUUUAUCAGUGACUUCCAUGGAUAAAUCUACGAGCACGUUCAACCAGGCCAGAAUUGUAACAGGCACACCUCUCAGCAGCAAAACUAAGUGCGAAGAUAAGGUAACAAUGACUUCCAAGGCUGACUUUAAACACGUUGGUACAGAAACUGAUUCCACAACCAUGGACGGAAAGAUUACUGCAUGUAUAUCAAAGCUAAGAAACGUUUCAGAGCGUUUGAACAGUCCACCAGCUAGAAAGGCGUCCGAUUCAUUCUUCGGCUCUGGUUUCGCGUCGCCUAAAACAGGUAGCAAAUUACCUCACGAAAUUCCGUUAUCGCCUGACUUGAGGAGUGGUCGAAAUUUUGAAGACAAACCGGAAGAUGUAAGACAGAAACAGGUGAAAGAUUUAUUAGAACAAACCAACGCUGUGCUGAAACCAAAGGAACAAGUGUCUGGUAGAAAACCACAACCUAUUACCACCCUUAAGUGCCGCAAACCAGCAAGCCUUAGUUCAGCUUUAGACGCAGGGAGCUCAAGCCCAAAGCUUUUGAGGCCAGAAGAAGCAAAAUAUGAUAGUAAGAGUCUUCCUCGGGGAUUUCCCUCCGACAGACCAGGAACUGUGCGAAUGGGCAGUCAGCCUUUGAUACCUAGUCGACUUCCUUUAUUGAGAUACAAUUCAGCUCCUGGCAGAAUAGCUACAGUUCCAGCCCAGACUUUAUUACAAAAAUCCAACCAAUCAAAUGCUGAAGCAAGUCGUAGAAUGUCACCUAGUAAAAUUCCCAUUACUAAAAAAAUGAGUCCUCCAGAAUAUGUUUCCAAACAGCAACAUUCGGUUGACACCAAAUCACAGGACCCCAUCAGCCCGAAACCUCAGCUACGACGUCCACUUCCCAGCAUUACAGAGACGAGAACGCCAUCAUCUUGCUCUGACACCUCAACUGCCUCACAUGUAUCUGUGGGCUCCUUCACGGGACCAUCUUCAGCAGCAUUGAACAGAAUCUCAAUUGAAUCCUCCGGGCCGGCCAGCAGAAUUUCCACGGAGUCCUCCGUCUUUACCGACCAUAGUAUUAUUAGUUCCAACAGGCUUUCCAACGAUUCCACUUUGACCAUUUCUUCCAUAUCUCCAAAUACCUCAUCAAUGAAUGCCGACUCAGCCAGCGACACUGUCUUCGCCAAAUCAUCAACCAGCACUGCUGGCUCCACAGAAAACCUGGAUGAGAAAUCUGUGUGCACCGAAGAGAAGGCAACAAAAAAGAGCAGUAUGGGUUUUAUGCAGAGACUUCUAUCCAAGAAAAAGAAACUUCCAGAGGAGAAGAAAAAAGAACCAGUAAAUGUAAUCAAAUCUGGACCAACCACAGCUUCGGCAGUGGCAGCCCUGGCAACGGCCACUCCACCUCUUCCUACCCCAGCUCCCGAGUCGCACGCCCUAAGCAAUCCUCAAUUUCCUCCACACCACUAUCCUCCGCCCCCCGAGCAUAAAACCCCACCCCCACCAAGAAAACCACGCCCAUUCGUCUACGUUAGACAAAGAAUAUUUUCCAUCCAACAAGAUAAUGUGGAGGAUGCAGAAGAAAAAAGAAGCAGGGAGAAGUCCGAGGAAAUCAAUGUUCAAGAAGCAAAGCCACAGACCAAAGAUCUCAAAGAUUCCCCCAAAGUAUCGGAAAAGGAAAAAGCACUGGAAAAAACAAAAGAGAAAGCGCCAGAAAAAGUUAAAGAGAAAGCCUCUGAAAAGACCAAAGAGAAGUCAAAGAAAGAAGAGAAGAACAAAGUAGAGAAAGAUAAAAAGAAAGAAGCGGAGAAAGAAAAGGUCAAAGUGAAAACAACGAAAGUUAAAGUCAAGAAAACGUCCGAUAAAAGUGGCGGCACUACGGGGGCUAAGAAAGAGGGAGAAACAGGAAGCUAAAUGUGUAGCGUAGGCUUUGACUUGAACAAACUGUGUGUGAGUUUCAGUGAUCGCAGUGUACAUCUAUUGUUUCCACUCACUUCCAUCUAGAGUUCUAGACCUAAUUCUUGUUGCUCUCAUGCUUUCCUUCACAGUUCCUUCGUUGAGUUUUCAAAGCUUUCAUUUGGAAGAGGUUGCUCUCAAUAAAUCGCAAGUAUUUUGUAUUCAUAAAAUGACCCAUGUCUCGCACCGAGUCCAUAGCUGACUAGUAUGGAAAGAAAAAUUAUAAAAUAUUUGAAGUGCCAGCCAGUGUAGGAUUGGGAAUGUUAUUUACUUUAAGGCUCAAUGAAACACACAAAUGCAUUUCAGAAGCAAGCUAAUAAAACUGACAAAAUGUCUGCUAGAUUUAGAUGUCUACAAUUUCAUAAAACAAGCGUUAGCAUGUUGAAGUUGUUCAUAUGCAUGUAUUGCCAAUAGUGUAGACAACCGAGUGCACGUUUAAAAAGAGAAAUAACUCAAAAAAUAUAAUACCAUUUAAACGGCUUGUAUACAAUCACAGUUAUUGGUCUUGGUUAUUUUUUAACUUCAUAAUAGCACAAUGCCUAUAUAUAAAUACAUGACUGGGGCACAGCGAGUUUGCUAUGCCAACUAUGGCAUGAAGACUCGCAGUAAAAAACAAUUUUCGCAUAAAUGCAAAGAAAUAAAUACCAAGAACAUAGUUUCGAGACUGAUGAUUGUAUUUAACAUAAAUGACAUGGUGUAGUUUGUUGAUUGGCUGCCUGGCCACGUUGAAUGCGCUUUGGACUGUCAUAAUGAUGGUCCGAACAUUGCCCGCCGUCAUCCACUACAGGAUGUUUAGGUUAAAUUGUAAUACUCUUCAUUUCUGAAGGUGUACAUCUGAAACUUACAAAACUAAUAGCUGUUCAACAGUUACCAUUAUAUCUUAUUUUACAUGUGUAGAAAACAUUAGAUAACCUUAGUAUCACCGUACUAUCAUGUCUAGGUUUAGCAGACAUCUGCACGCCAAACAAAUAAAAAAGAGUACAAGGCUUUACAAAGUAUUUUAUAUCCUCAAACUUUUUAGUAAAUCAUAGUUUGUAAAACUACAAGAUAUUAAUCAAAAUCAUAUUUCUCAGAUGAAGCGAAUUUCAUGCUAAUUCUUCAUUAGCUCAGAUAUGUUUGAAGCUCCCUGCACGACAUGUUCCUCAGAUUGUACCUGGACUGUCGUCUCAAUGGUCUUUGGUUCAAACCCUGCCUACCACCAUCCCCCGCCGUCCUGCGGGAGGUUUGACGGAUCAUUCGAAACAUACAACAUAAGUUACAUUCUUUGCUAAUCAUCUAGCACAGCAUUGUGUAGAUUUACAAGACACCAGUCUUACUAUUUUGUUAGGUUUUGUUACUAUUUUGUUAGAAUUUGUUACUAUUUUGUUAGAUUUACAAGACACCAGUCUUACUAUUUUGUUAAUUAAUUAAUUUUUGCAAUCUAUAGGGCAGAUAAUAUAAAGGUCGUUUACAUAACUUUGCUAUUGAAAACAUUUAGUAGCUAGUUUCUAAUAUCCAAGGCAUUUGCUUAGCUAAAAUACUCAAACGAAGACGUCUUUGCAAUCAACAUAAUUAGGCUUACGUGCAAUCACAUGUAUUUAUUUAUUUUGUGAAUAAUUGAAUGAAUUUUACACCUUCUUUUCACAGAAUUAGCUUUAGAUUAAAUAUAUUAUUUGAUUGAGUAUAUCAUAUUUUAGCUUGAUUAUUAUACGCGUAGAUAAUAUAUUAUGCAAAUUAUUUCCUAGUGUGUUUUUGUUUUCAAUAUUAUGGCCAAAUUAUCUGAACACUAUAUACCUCUGUUUGGAAUGUUGUAGCUGAUUAAUUUGUAUAGAUUGCACUUAUUACUUGUAUUAUUAUUAUUAUGCCAAGUAUUAAUCUAGUCUCACGUUUUCAUUAUGUUUAUUAUUACUUGACUUUGUAUAACGUCAUACGUACACCAGACUCAUCCAUCUGUGAUACAAAACUGUAUAACCAAGAUGUUUAGAGACUCUCUUCGCUUCCUCGGAAUUUCAAAAUUCUCAUGGAGAAAUCAACACAUUGUCUUAUUUAUUCCCUUCUAUAAAUUUAUAAGCAUGAUAGAAGUUUUCGUUCUUGUGUAAUGAUAACAGGAUGUUACGAACAGAGACCUACUCAUCUAUAUGUGAAUACCAGAGAUUUAAGGGUGAAUACCAGAGAUUUAAGGGUGAAUACCAGAGAUUUAAGGGUGAAUACCAGAGAUUAAUACCAGAGAUUUAAGGGUGAAUACCAGAGAUUUAAGGGUGAAUACCAGAGAUUUAAGGGUGAAUACCAGGGUGAAUACCAGAGAUUUAAGGGUGAAUACCAGAGAUUUAAGGGUGAAAACCAGAGAUUUAAGGGUGAAUACCAGAGAUUUAAGGGUGAAUACUUUAGGCGCUAAUGCCCAGGCAUUCAUCUCAUUUCCAUGAGAUGAUCCAUAGUCGCUUCGCGACUGAAGGAGGCCAUAGAACUUUAGGCGCUGUUCAAAAUGUGCAAUAUUUUUUUCAGAAUAUAUCACUUUUUUUUAUGUGACACGAAGUUUGACAUUUAGCAUUUUACAAGUGAAAUAAUUUGAGAAAUUUCUCAUGCAAUACAAAAACAGUAAGAAAAAAAAACUAUUUCAUUGAUAUUUUUUUCAUAAUAUAUCACUUUUUUUUUAUCUGACACGAAGUUUGACAUUUAGCAUUUUACAAGUGAAAUAAUUUGAGAAAUUUCUCAUGCAAUACAAAAACAGUAAGAAAAAAAACUAUUUCAUUGAUAUGUUACAUAGUAAAAUGUCGAUCUAUAACCUGGCUAAAUUUUGUGUAAGUAACUCAUUGACUGCUAUCAAACUACAUUUAAAUGCCAGUACUCCGUUUAAAAAAUGUCUUGUCUUACCUAUCUAACGGGGAAGCAAUCCUUACUAAUUAUUGGUUGCCAUUUUCCUCACUGUGUGUCAUCAAAUGUUGAUUUUGUUGAUUUUUCCCCUUCUAGUAUUUGUUCAUUUUGUAUUACAUUGUCACCCCAUGUCAUUAUACAAACUUUUUACUAGUACAGUAUGUUUUAGGUAGAGGUGUUUAUACUCUAAGCAUAUUAAUUGAACAGGUUUUCUUGUUGAAACCAAAAGAAAAAUAAAUUGUACACAUUUUAAAAUAUGUA